ACGACAAUUGAAAAAGAAAGCAAAAUUCCGCGUGAUACGGUCAUUAAAUAGCUGGCACCCUUUAUACUCUCGCAGGUCAAGACUCUCUCUCUUUCUUCCUUUCGUUCUAAUCCCCAAACAAACAUUUUCAAAUUUCAAACCUCCUCUAAUCUCCAACAAUGGCGGCAUCAACAGCAAGGGACGAGAAUGUUUACAUGGCGAAACUCGCCGAACAAGCCGAACGUUACGAAGAAAUGGUUGAAUUUAUGGAGAAAGUCGUUUCCGCUGCUUCUGAAGGCGAAGAACUCACAGUUGAAGAACGUAACCUUCUUUCCGUUGCUUACAAAAAUGUAAUUGGUGCUCGUCGUGCUUCUUGGAGGAUCGUUUCUUCCAUCGAGCAAAAGGAAGAAAGCCGUGGUAAUGAAGAUCAUGUUUCUACCAUCAGAGGUUACAGAUCUAAGAUUGAAUCUGAACUUUCCAACAUUUGUGAUGGUAUUCUUAAGCUCCUUGAUUCUAAACUUGUCCCUGCUGCUUCAAACGCUGAUUCUAAGGUCUUUUAUCUCAAGAUGAAAGGUGAUUAUUACCGUUAUUUGGCUGAGUUUAAGACUGGAUCUGAGAGAAAAGAGGCUGCUGAGAAUACUCUUACCGCUUACAAAGCUGCUCAGGAUAUUGCAAAUGCGGACUUGCCUCCAACACAUCCCAUUAGGCUUGGUCUUGCUCUCAACUUCUCUGUUUUCUACUAUGAGAUUCUUAACUCUCCUGAUCGUGCCUGCAACCUUGCUAAACAGGCCUUUGAUGAAGCAAUUGCUGAGUUGGACACCCUUGGGGAAGACUCCUACAAAGACAGCACUUUGAUCAUGCAGCUUCUCAGGGAUAACCUGACUUUAUGGACUUCUGACAUGCAGGAGGACGGAGCUGAUGACAUCAAAGAGGCAUCCACCAAGCAGGAAGAAGAAAAGUGAGAGCUGAUUUUUAGAACUAGGUGUUGCUUUUUUGGCUUGCAAUGUUUUAUUUAUGAAUGUGUGGGGUGCUGCUCAAUUAUUCGACAGCUCCUAGCUGUUAUCGUGAUUCUAAGUUAUAUUGAAUUAAGUCUUAUUCUUGAGUAAUCAUAUUGCUAUUCAAGAUA